AUGGACACCACGGGAGGGUAUGCCGCGGAGAGUACCGCCAGCGUGGAAGCACGCGCUAGCCAAGGCACGCUGCUUCGGUAUGUCGUCCUGUGCACGGUGCUAUGUUUUGCGGAGCGCCUCCAAGGCGACGCACGGCUGCCGACGUCGAAAUCGGAGGUAACCCCCGCACCUCUUGUUCCAGCUGCACUCCUGAGAGCAAUCCUUGAAGAUCUAAAGCAUGAGCUCGGCGCUGUGGCCACAGUGGCUCUCGAACUCUUCGAACUGGACCCGGAAGCAUUCGAACGGGAACUGGAAAGAAUAGCCGCAAACGAAAGCGAGGCUCUUGGAAUCCUGGACGUCAAGGCAGACCUCUUGCGUUUGCUUCGAAUACGGGGUACCGCGCAAACCGUGUCAAGUCAGCGGUGGCGGCGCCUGCUUGCUCUGGACCAGGUCGAGGCGUUGUCGCGCAAACAUACCGAGCCCCCUGGCGAGGAAAGCGCCACACCCACCUCGAGCUCCGUUCCCGAUACUCUCGUGCAGACUGUACUUUCGUUGAGGCAGCGCUACAGCGUCCUGCACUGGCUCCGGGUCCUGCAAAGAGACCUGGAGCAGCAGAUGGACCUAGUAUCACUGGGAAAUGCAGCGUGUACGAUGACGAGCCGGGAGUUCGAUCAACAAGUCUACAUCCAUUGGCGCUUCUCUCCGGACUCGGAGCUGGUCCAUCCGUCCUAUGCUGAUCUGCAAUUGACAGCAAACGGAAACCUCGUCGGCACUGCAGAUACAGUGUUGGUAGCUCGCAUCCAGCGAAGAAGCUUUCCGCUUGACCGUGUGGGGGCUCGCGGCGUUGAGGCCUCGGUGCCUGCUCCCGCCGCCACCGAGCUCGUUGACGUGCUCGAUGUACGCCUGCCAGCCUGUUUACGAACAGCAUAUCGAUCAUGGCAACCGGUAGUUGAAACGCUCGAAAGUGCUGUGCUUCGAGCCAUAGGCACCCAUUGGGGCUGGCGCCUUCGCUGGGAACCAGCAUACCGCCGAUGCCUCGACGGGCAUCGGACCGCGUUUCAUCGAGGUUUGCUUCGGUACGUUUCUCCAGGUGUUUCCGGGGACUCGCUUUCAAUUCACGCAGUAGAGGAAGGUGUAUUCCAAGCUGGUACUCCAACUUGUUCGGAAACGGUGUUGCUUCGGCUUCGUCUGGAUGGGACCCUCGUACCUCUGCGGGCCGCCUCUGCACCGACGACGCUCUCUCUCCGGGUGCCGCUCGGUGGAUCCGUUGAGAAUCAGCGCCAUGAACGGCGUCUCGUUGAAGAAAUUUAG